UAUAAUUGUUCAUCAUCUAUUUCUCUCGUACAAAAGCAUAGCAUCUCUCCUAGCCUAAUCUCUCCAUUUUAGUUCAAAAUCAAACAUCUCCUGUUAAAAAAAAAAGAGAAAGAAAAGAGGGUUGGAAGUAGGUACAGCAAAAAUCCAAAUAUAUAUGGGGAGAGGGAAAGUGGAGUUGAAGAGGAUCGAGAACAAGAUAAAUAGGCAGGUGACUUUCGCCAAGAGAAGAAAUGGGCUUCUCAAAAAGGCCUAUGAACUCUCUGUCCUCUGCGAUGCCGAGGUGGCUCUCAUCAUCUUCUCCAGCAAAGGCAAACUCUAUGAGUUCUGCAGCACUUCUAGUAUGUCCAAGGCAGUGGAGAAAUACCACCAGUCUAACUACGCUCAGAAUGAAACAAAUCAAUCUCCUAAUAAUGACCAGGACACCUACGAAGAGUAUCUGAAGCUAAAGGAAAGAGCUGAGGCUCUACAACAAUCUCAGAGGCAUGUUCUAGGGGAAGAUUUGGCUAAGUUGGGCAUAAAGGAGCUUGAUCAACUUGAACAUGCCUUAGAUGGAACGUUAAAACAAAUACGGUACAAGAAGAAUCAUAGCUUGUGCGUUCAGCUCUCUGAUCUUCAGCAAAAGGAAAGAAGUUUAUUGGAACUUAAUGCAGCUUUGAUGAGUAAGAGAGUCACCGAUGAAGAAAGCUUCACAUUGCGGAGCGCAAUGUUGUUAAUUGGCGGGGACACAUGCUUCCAACGGUUAUGAAUCAGCCCAGUUUCGUAGACCCAACAGCGCCGCUGCCGCCGCCGUCGCAGCCACCGCGAUCCUCCUUCAGCUGCGACCGCCACCCCGCCGAGAACUUCACCGGCUUCUGCCCCAUCUGCCUCUGCGAGCGCCUCACCACUCUCGACAGCAACUCCUCCGCCAACACCCCCUCCUCCUCCCGCCGCCCCUCCUCCGCCUCCGCCGCCAUCAAAGCCCUCUUCUCCUCCUCCUUCGCCGCUGCGAAACCCGCCGCCACCAGCAGCAGCAGCAGCUUCUUCCCGCCUCAGAAGCCCUCGAAGACUUCCUUUUUCCCCGAGCUCCGCCGCACAAAGUCAUUCUCGGCGUCCAAGAAUGAAGCUUUGAGCCAAUUCUUCGAGCCCCAGAGGAAAUCUUGCGAUGUUAGAGGGAGAAACACUAUCUGGUCCCUCUUCUCCCUCGACGACGGCGACACCUCCUCCAGCCAAGAAAAUGCAAGAAAUUGAUGAAAUUGAAGAAUCCCAUUUGGAGAAUUCAAGAAACGAAGUUGAAUUCGAGGUAAAUGAAGGCGAAAUAGUUGAAGAAGAGAGUAAUGUGAAGAAGAUAAAGAAGCACAUUGAUCUCCACAGCCAAUAGAAGAAGAGCUCCGGCGGAGGCGGGUUUUGGGCGGCGGAUUAGUGACGGGUCAGUUUCUCCCAGUUAGUGACGGAUUAAUGACAGAUUUGUGACUCGGUAAUUAAAACCGUCAAAAAUUUGACGG